AUGGAGAGUGCACGAUUAGACGACGGAAUCCGAUCCACAGAUGGCUUUGCAGCCCAUGCGCGUGUCUCUGCCGUCCGUCUGGGUUAUAUCCAAGACCCGUUUGUGUCUCUGUUCGUCCCGCGUGCACGAAACUUGCCAACGCACGCACCGUUGAUCAAUAUUGGGACAUAUGUGCGCACAACGUCCAUCGAUCAACUCGUCGAGUCCUUCCUCACCGCUGGGUCUCCCGAGGUCAAGAGGCAGAUUGUCAGCGUUGGAGCAGGGAGCGAUACGCGGUUCUGGAGACUGUCUACUGGACCCUUGCAGAAUGCAGUGGCCCGCUACGUCGAGUUGGAUUUUCCAGAGAUUACAACAAAAAAGGCGAUGAGUAUUCGAAAGUCGACUCAAUUGUCCUCGGUACUAGGCAGUGAUGUCAAAGUGGUCAAGGGAGGAACAGGUAUUACGUCCGCCGUCUAUCACUUACUACCGGUUGAUCUGCGACAAUCUGUCGAGAUGACACUUGAGCCGCUCGUCGCUUCAGAGACUCCAAUACUCUCACCCGACUUGCCAACCCUGUUUCUGGCAGAGUGUGUCUUGGUUUACAUGACACCAGAAUCCUCUGCCUCGAUCAUGAGCUUCUUCUCUCGUACCUUCAAGAAUGCAUUUGGAAUCAUCUAUGAAAUGUUCUCUCUCGGUGACUCGUUUGGACGUGUUAUGCGUGAUAACCUCCGAGUCCGCAAUGUCGAACUCCCGGGAGCAGAGGCCUUUCCUAAUCUAGAUUCUAUCCGCAACCGCUUCCUCAGCGCAGGUUAUACGGCAGCAGAGGCACUCCCACUCAGCGUUAUCCGACGGGAGUAUGUCUCCGGAACGGAAACACAGAGAAUCGCCAAGUUAGAGCUCGUUGACGAGUACGAGGAGCUCGAGCUCGUGCUGGCUCACUAUGCACUGGCAUGGGGCAGCAAAUUGGAAGACUCGCUAUCUCCAGACCUGGAGGCCGAGUUUAGAGCAUGGGGUCUCAAGUCUCAGUAUCCAGAGAAUAGAGCAAGGAACAGUGGAGAAACAGUUUAG